AUGUUGAACUUUCCGUCAGUUGUCAAGGAGAGUGACAUUGUGGACUACAGUGGGACAUUUUGUUACAGCAGAGAAGCCAUUGUAGACGUGGGGACACAAUUGGCGACAGAUACAGUGGAUUUAAACUUUAAUUCUGGGACUGAACAUGCCUCCACACUCGAGUCGUCCUUUGGCAGACUGAAGAAAGAGAAAGAGGAAGUGAAUGGGUUAUUUAGCGACUCAAAAGACAAGUAAGCUACCCUCUUAUAUAUGGGGAAGAGGACGUUUAAAAAGGAAGUAACAUCUUUAUAAACACACACACUAUGAUCGGUGAAACCUGCUGUGCUGGUUUAAAGUACCAAAAGAGCGGAAAUUAAAUUGUUUUCAACUGAAAGGCGAUGCACAGAGUUACCCAUGAUGUUACACAGCGAUUGAAGUCAAUCAUUGUCAGAAUCUCUAGGACCUGGAGGAAGAAACUGUGAAAACCUGGUAACUAUUGAAGCUAUUGCAGGUUAUUAAAUACUAUAAUGAAAUACUGCUCUUUCAGGUUAUGCUUUGGAUGCAUAUAUGGGUCGGACAGCUGUGACAUCAUUGAUAAUAUAAUGUUGGAAGCACAGCCAUGCACAGAAAAAGGUGCUAUCUAGAACCUAAAAGUCCUCAUAGGAGAACCCUUUUGUUCCCAGUAGAACAGUUUUGGGUUCCAUGUAGAACCCUUUCCACAGAAGGUUCUACAUGGAACCCAAAAUGGUUCUACCUGGAACCAAAAAGGGUUCUCCUAGAUAUCUGUGUAUGGGUGUAGUCGCACAUGCAUAACCACAGAUGUAGGCUGUUUAAAGUGGUAGGCAACACGUCUGUGGUAAGCACAAAGCGUUGGUGUCAACUUUCUGAAUUCGUUAGUAACAGAAGUUGGACUGACAUAUUUUCAAGCACAUUUGGUAGAUAUGCCAAAUUCAAACACGUUACCUUGCAUCUUAUUUAAUAGUACAUUCCCUUUACAUUGCUUAUUUGGAUCAAGAUCAAACUAUUUUCAACUCUCAAAGUCCAGGGUAAGAGGUGUUAUUUUAGUUUCAUUUGAUUGUUUAUUUCAUACCCUUAGUGUAAGAGUAUUUGGCUUUACAGAAAACUUGAAUUAGUAGUGAAUGUUAGGUUGUUGGCUUUCUGUUGAUCUCUGUUGUUUUAAAAAUACUUCUAAUUUUAAAAGAUCCUGACUUGAAAUCCUAAGUUAGGUGUCAGAUAUUCAGCAAAUGAUCUAUUAGGAACAUGUUAUUAUGAAUAUGAGGUAUAAAAAUGGUGGCAUUCUCCUUUAAAUUUGUACAGGGCUCUUUACAUAGUUUACGUACAAACCAGAUUAUAAUUCCCGGUAAUUUGGCAAGUACCAAGGACAUAAAAAUGUAUGACCAAUUCCCUGCACCCUGCAUUUGAGACAUUCUAGUAUGUCAUUCUUAAUAACAUAUUGUAUCUUUACAAUCUUUCAGUGUCGUAAGGACCCAGGGGAAGAAACGGUGAGAACCUAGUAUUGAAGCUCUUGCUGAUUUUUGCGACAUAAAGAUUAAGUAAGAAAACUGACUGCAUGCUAUUGAUAGCCUUGAAUGAUACACAACCAAUGUUUUUGACUGAAAUUAUAUCCUGUUUGUCUUUAUAUCCUGUUUCCUGUCUUGUCAAAAGCAAUGCUACUCUGUUCUGAUACUCUUUUUCACUGGAAAGGGAACCUUUCAAAAAGAUUGUGUUUGCAUUAUUGAGUGUCUUGCCAUCUUUCAUGUGUGUGAAAUGUAUUUAGAAUGCUCCUCAGAAGCUGUUGUAAUGAAUGAGUGUUCAUGUCUUUAUCCUAGUUUUGUUUAUUAAAUGUCUUUCUCAUUUGUGUCUUUGUCAUCUGCUGCAGCCAGAAACACGAUCCACCACCAUCUCUCAAAUGUUUUCCAAAGCCACAAAAGCCUUCGUGAAGGACACAGAUCAUGAUGGACGCCUGAUUCCGGUGUCCAGUCUGAACGACACAGACAAACUGAAUCUCCGAUCACUCAUUGUCAAGACCAGGCACAGAUGCUUCUGGCAGGAACCCAAAUACCAGUCCCCUGGCUUUACCCUCAGUGAUGUCCUGAAGCCUGGAGAGCCUGGAGAUGCACCUUUAAGCCCAAGUAAGCACCAGAGCAGCCCUUUAGUGAAGAAUAACUAUGGGUUGUUGUUGUUCUAAAAUAUCUGACCAUUGAUUUUCAUUAUUUAUCCUACUCUUGCCUUUCUGAAUAAAUUAUGAAAAUGAUCAGGUUGUGGAUGUGGCUGUUAUAGAUACACUACAUGCCCAAAAGUACGUGAACAUCCUGCUCGUCGAACGUCUCAUUCCAAAAUCUUGGGCAUUAAUAUAGAGUUGGACCCCCCCUUUGCUGCUAUAACGGCCUCCACUCUUCUGGGAAGUCUUUCCACUAGAUGUUGGAACAUUGCUGCGGGGACUUCCAUUCAGCCACAAGAGCAUUAGUGAGGUCGGGCACUGAUGUUGGGCGAUUAGGCCUGGCUCGUAGUCGGCGUUCCAAUUCAUCCCAAAGGUGUUCGAUGGGGUUGAGGUCAGGGCUCUGUGCAGGCCAGUCAAGUUCUAACACAUAUCUCAACAAACCAUUUCUGUAUGGACCUCGCUUUGUGCACGGGGGGCAUUGUCAUGCUGAAACAGGAAAGGGCCUUCCCCAAACUGUUGCCACAAAGUUGGAUGCACAGAAUCGUCUACAAUGUCAUUGUAUGCUGUAGUGUUAAGAUUUCCCUUCACUGGAACUAAGGGGCCUAGACUGAACCAUGAAAAACAGCCCCAGACCAUUAUUCCACCUCCACCAAACUUUACAGUUGGCACUCUGCAUUGGGGCAGGUAGUGUUCUCCUGGCAUCCACCAAACCCAGAUUCGUCCUUCGGACUGCCAGAUGGUGAAGCGUAAUUCAUCACUCCAGAGAACGUGUUUCCAUUGCUCCAUAGUCCAAUGGCGGCGAGCUUUAUACCACUCCAGCCAACGCAUGGUAUUGCGCAUGGUGAUCUUAGGCUUGUGUGCGGCUGCUCGGCCAUGGAAACCCAUUUCAUGAAGCUCCCGACGAACAGUUCUUGUGCUGAAAUUUUGCGAACUGACUUGUUGGAAAGGUGGCAUCCUAGGACGAUGCCACGUUGAAAGUCACUGAGCUCUUCAGUACGGGCCAUUCUACUGCCAAUAUUUGUCUAUGGAGAUUGCAUGGCUGUGUGCUCGGUUUUAUACACCUGUCAGCAACGGGUGUGGCUGAAAUAGCCAAAUCCACUAAUUUGAAGGGGUGUCCACAUACUUUUGUAAACGUAGUGUAUUGUGUAUAUGCUGUGGUAUAGUAGCAUAGAGGAUUCAAUUCUAAUGUUGAACGUUCCUUCAGCUGUCAAGGAGUGUGACUUUGUGGACUACAGUGGGACAUUUGGUGACAAGAAAGAAAUGAACGCAGAUGGAAACGUGCAGGCAAAGGUGGCUGAUUUCAAAUUUACCUUGGGAGGGAAAUGGUCCACCAAACAGAAGCUGUCCCUUGGCAGCCUGAACAAAGAGAAGGUUGAUGUGAAGGAGUUAUAUAACUACUCAAAAGACAGGUGAGUUACCCUAUACUGGACGUAUGUUCAAUACAGUCAUAUACAGUCAUAAUACAUCAUACAGUUCACCUUCCCAAGGAGUCAAUAUUUAGACCCAAGACCAGCAGGCAAAACUGGUUGCAAUGACAUCAGACAGGUAUAUUUUGUGUAAAAAUUACAAUUUCAGGUUGAAGUUCUUUCAGAUAACAAAGAAUUGGAACUGUACUGGUUUCGCAACUUCCUAAUACUUAAAAUAUAUCCUCACUGAUUUCCCUAUUAGCUUAGCUUAAAGUGCCAAUCUAUGAUUGGUACAUACAUUUUUUGAAUUUUAAAGUAGAUUUCCAGUGUUUCCAGAUUUCUAUGAAAUCUGACAUACUGUAUAAUGGGUCCCUCCUGCAGAGUUAUGGACAUGUCCCAUCCUGUGAUCAAGCAGACCCGUGUGAAUCCAAGGGCAGUGUUAGGCGUCUUGACGGAGAGGAUUAUGACGUCAUUACCUUGCCCGGUCACAAACAAUGUCCGGAUGCACGGUAAUGUAGGAGCCAACGUGAGCGCCUUUGUGGCCCUGAGCGGGAAGGUAGGAGGAAAGAUUAACAAGCGUUCUACUGAAGUGGCUUGCCAAAGUAUUCACCCCCCUUGGCAUUUUUCCUAUUUUGUUGCCUUACAACCUGGAAUGAAAAUUGAUUUUUUGGGGGUUUGUAUCAUUUGAUUUACACAACAUGCCUACCACUUUGAAGAUGCAAAAUAUUUUGUGUGUGUGAAACAAACAAGAAAUAAAACAAAAAAACAGAACUUGAGUGUGCAUAACUAUUCAGCCCCCCAAAGUCAAUACUUUGUAGAGCCACCUUUUGCAGAAAAUACAGCUGCAAGUUUCUUGGGGUAUGUCUCUAUAAGCUUGGCAUAUCUAGCCACUGGGAUUUUUGCCCAUUCUUCAAGGCAAAACUUCUCCAGCUCCUUCAAGUUGGAUGGGUUCCGCUGGUGUACAGCAAUCUUUAAGUCAUACCACAGAUUCUCAAUUGGAUUGAGGUCUGGGCUUUGACUAGGUCAUUCCAAGACAUUUAAAUGUUUCCCCUUAAACCACUUGAGUGUUGCUUUAGCAGUAUGCUUAGGGUCAUUGUCCUGCUGGAAGGUGAACCUCCGUCCCAGUCUCAAAUCUCCGGAAGACUGAAACAGGUUUCCCUCAAGAAUUUCCCUGUAUUUAGCGCCAUCCUUCAAUUCUGACCAGUUUCCCAGUCCCUGCCGAGGAAAAACAUCCCCACAGCAUGAUGCUGCCACCACCAUGCUUCACUGUGGGGAUGGUGUUCUCAGGGUGAUGAGAGGUGUUGGGUUUGCGCCAGACAUAGCGUUUUCCUUGAUGGCCAAAAAGCUCAAUUUUAGUCUCAUCUGACCAGAGUACCUUCUUCCAUGUUUGGGGAGUCUCCCACAUGCCUUUUGGUGAACACCAAAUGUGUUUGCUUAUUUAUUUAUUUAAGCAAUGGCUUUUUUUUGGCCACUCUUCCGUAAAGCCCAUCUCUGUGGAGUGUACGGCUUAAAGUGGUCCUAUGGACCAAUCUCCACUGUGGAGCUUUGCAGCUCCUUCAGGGUUAUCUUUGGUCUCUUUGUUGCCUCUCUGAUUAAUGCCCUCCUUGCCUGGUCCGUGAGAUUUGGUGGGCGGACCUCUCUUGGCAGGUUUGUUGUGGUGCCAUAUUCUUUCAAUUUUUUGAUAAUGGAUUUAAUGGUGCUCCGUGGGAUGUUCAAAGUUUCUGAUAUUUUUGUAUAACCCAACCCUGAUCUGUACUUCUCCACAAUUUUGUCCCUGACCUGUUUGGAGAGCUCAUUGGUCUUCAUGGUGCCACUUGCUUGGUGGUGCCCCUUGCUUAGUGGUGUUGCAGACUCUGGGGCCUUUCAGAACAGGUGUAUAUAUACUGAGAUCAUGUGACAAAUCAUGUGACACUUAGAUUGCACACAGGUGGACUUUAUUUAACUAAUUAUGUGUCUUCUGAAGGUAAUUGGUUGCACCAGAUCUUAUUUAGGGGCUUCAUAGCAAAGGGGGUGAAUACAUAUGCACGCACCACUUUUCAGUUAUUUAUUUUUUAGAAUAAGUAAUUUUUUUCAUUUCACUUCACCAAUUUGGACUAUUUUGUGUAUGUCCGUUACAUGAAAUCCAAAUAAAUAAUCCAUUUAAAUUACAGGUUGUAAUGCAACAAAAUAGGAAAAACGCCAAGGGGGAUGAAUACUUUUGCAAGGCACUGUAUUUCUGGUUACUCAGAUUUAGAUGAUCCCUGUAAAAUAUAUUUUUUAUAUCAAUAAUCUCACUUUAUGAUAGCUAGGCCUUCAUAAAUAAAGUAAAUGUCAAGACCAUAUUGACAGAUAACAGAUGUCUGUUCAGUAGUGGUAAUAGUCACAGAUGUCUGUUCAAUAGUGGUAAUAGUCACAGAUGUCUGUUCAAUAGUGGUAAUAGUCACAGAUGUCUGUUCAGUAGUGGUAAUGCUAUCUCUUGCUCUAGUCAGAAUGCUGUAGCUGGGUCGUUCCAUGAAAAGAGUACCUUUGAUAUUUAAAGUACAAUUUUUUUUUAUAUGAAUAAAGACUUUCUAUAAUGCCACAAUUCAGCAUUUUGACAUGUCAGUCCGUGCACCCUCUGUGACUUCUAGACAUUUUUUAACCCACUUAUUCCAAAAUGUCUCCACAUUUUCACCAUCAUUGUAAAGCCCUAGUUCUUUUGUUGUUUUGACAGUCAUUUCUGAAGAUUAUUAUUUAUUUCAUGUGAUUAGUGAUUCAUUUACGUCUGGUCCCUCAUUUUAAGGUCAACCCUGUUACGUGAACUGAACUCUCGUUUUAAUAUGGUGAAACUUUUCUCUGAAUAAAUAUUCAACAUCUAAUAGUGAAAUCAUAGUGUAAAAGCAGGUAAGCUGGUUCUACUCUUUUUAGGCAAUUUUGUGGUGGAAAACUGAGCAGGUCGAGCGUAAGACUUCAAACCUGUUAUCCAUAGAUACAAAUAAAAAAAUGGUGAAGCUUGCAUUCAAUUGCCACUCCCUGCAAACAACAAGCUUCCAUUCCCUCUGUCACAAGGAUAUUUAUGGCUGAUUUAAAAUGGUCAACCCUGUUACGGUCAACCUUGUUACUUAACAGGCACUUACUAUAGUCAUAAAAAAAACAAAAAACUCUUGAUGGGAAACAUGUUUUUUUAUGAAGUUGAACCUGUGCUCUUUAUGACAGACUGUUCAAAUUAGGUGAAAUCCCAAAAUAAAUUUGAGCAAGUUACACUUCUCAAAAGGCACCAAAUAGUUUUUUGUCAUUAGAACCACUUACUGAAAAUGUAAUGGUGUAGUAGAGGUGACUAUCUGGGUCAUCUGUGUCCCAAACGUAUCUGACUGAUUUGACAUUUUCUCCACAGGCUUCUAUGAAGCAGAGCGGCAGUACUCAGACAGAUAGGGAUGUGUCACUGGGUAUUCCUGCAAAUACUGUCAUGGCCUACAGUCUGAUUGAACUCUUCGUCAAAUGCAAUGGACAGUUUGGUGAGGAAGUGUAUGGUUUAUCAAUAUAAUAAUAAUAAUAAUAAUAAUAAUAAUAAUAAUAAUAAUAUCCCAGGUAUAGCUGCAUGGUUAAGUACUGUGAUGGAAAUGUUAAUGUUGGUGCUUUUCGAUUCUAUACAUAUCUAUGUUCUAUUCACGUGCUGUUCUAAUAACCAAUUUCUGUGUUCAUAAAAGUGAUGGAUCGGACGAAUCCUCACUUAUCAGUAUCUGCAAUUUGGCAGUACGCCCAGACCUUGUUUUGAGAACAAAAGAUAUCUCUGUUUCAAGGUCUCAGCUUAGAGAGAAGAAGCCUCGUGAGAUAUUGGUCUGUCACAUGUUAUGAACCAGUAUUGGUUGGUCACACGAAUGAAACAAAACAGUAAUGAUUAAUUAAUUAUGCUAGAUCAUGCAAAUAUAACUUGUCUGUGUAUAGCCAUAUACAGUUGAAGUCGGAAGUUUACAUACACCUUAGCCAAAUACAUUUAAACUCAGUUUUUCACAAUUCCUGACAUUUAAUCCUAGUAUAAAUUCCCUGUCUUAGGUCAGUUAGGAUCACCACUUUAUUUUAAGAAUGUGAAAUGUCAGAAUAAUAGUAGAGAGAAUUAUUUAUUUCAGCUUUUAUUUAUUUCAUCACAUUCCCAUUGGGUCAGAAGUUUACAUACACUCAAUUAGUAUUUGGUAGCAUUGCCUUUAAAUUGUUUAACUUGGGUCAAACAUUUUGGGUAGCCUUCCACAAGCUUCCCACAACAAGUUGGGUGAAUUUUGGCCCAUUCCUCCUGACAGAGCUGGUGUAAUUGAGUCAGGUUUGUAGGCCUCCUUGCGCGCACACGCUUUUUCAGUUCUGCCCACAAAUUUUCUAUAGGAUUGAGGUCAGGGCUAUGUGAUGCUACUCCAAUACUUUGACUUUGUUGUCCUUAAGCCAUUUUGCCACAACUUUGGAAGUAUGCUUGGGGUCAUUGUCCAUUUGGAAGACCCAUUUGCGACCAAGCUUUAACUUCCUGACUGAUGUCUUGAGAUGUUGCUUCAAUAUAUCCACAUAAUUUUCCUUCCUCAUGAUGCCAUCUAUUUUGUGAAGUGCACCAGUCCCUCCUGCAGCAAAGCACCCCCACAGCAUGAUGCUGCCACCCCCGUGCUUCACGGUUGGGAUGGUGUUCUUCGGCUUGCAAGCCACCCCCUUUUUCCUCCAAACAUAACGAUGGUCAUUAUGGCCAAACAGUUCUAUUUUUGUUUCAUCAGACCAGAGGACAUUUCUCCAAAAAGUAAGAUCUUUGUCCCCAUGUGCAGUUGCAAACCGUAGUCUGGCUUUUUUAUGGCGGUUUUGGAGCAGUGGCUUCUUCCUUGCUGAGUGGCCUUUCAGGUUAUGUCGAUAUAGGACUAGUUUUACUGUGGAUAUAGAUACUUUUGUACCUGUUUCCUCCAGCAUCUUCACAAGGUCCUUUGCUGUUGUUCUGGGAUUGAUUUGCACUUUUCGCACCAAAGUACGUUCAUCUCUAGGAGACAGAAUGUGUCUCCUUCCUGAGUGGUAUGACGGCUGCGUGGUCCCAUGGUUUUUAUAAUUGCGUACUAUUGUUUGUACAGAUGAACGUGGUACCUUCAGGCAUUUGGAAAUUGCUCCCAAGGAUGAACCAGACUUGUGGAGGUCUACAAUUGUUUUGCUGAGGUCUUGGCUGAUUUCUUUAGAUUUUCCCAUGAUGUCAAGCAAAGAGGCACUGAGUUUGAAGGUAGGCCUUGAAAUACAUCCACAGGUACACCUCCAAUUGACUCAAAUGAUGUAAAUUAGCCUAUCAGAAGCUUCUAAAGCCAUGACAUCAUUUUCUGGAAUUUUCCAAGCUGUUUAAAGGCACAGUCAAUUUAGUGUAUGUAAACUUCUGACCCACUGGAAUUGUGAUACAGUGAAAUAAUCUGUCUGUAAACAAUUAUUGUUAAAAUUACUUGUGUCAUGCACAAAGUAGAUGUCCUAACCGACUUGCCAAAACUAUAGUUUGUUAACAAGAAAUUUGUGGAGUGGUUGAAAAACGACUUAAACUGUAUAAGACAACUGCUUGGACUGCCCCAGCAGAGCUUCUGACAGACAUUCACUAUGGUUCAUUAAGUUUGUUGGAACCUCUCCAGCGCGCUGACAAUAAAGGAUGAUUUAUUUAAGAUUGACUUUGAGUGUCCCUGUGUAAGAACAGUACCAUGAUAAAGUACACGCCAGCUUCUAUGUUCCUCAGUGUAUUUAGUACAGCCACUGUAUCUGUCUGUGUGUGACUGGUUAUGGCUGUUGUCUGCUCUUGUCCACAGAGCUGUGCCUCAUCCGCAACAAUGGGGGCUUUGAAAAGGUUAAGUCAAAUUAUGAGUUUGAAGAGGAUGGAAUUAUGGACCUGGUGUGCGACUUUGACGCCAACAGCCCCCUAAAUCGAAACAAAGGUAAUAAUGCCAGUGGAGGCUAAUGUCUCCUGUCUAGUGGUCAACAUGUAGUCUACCGAAUGGAAUGUUCAAAAUGGUCUCUGUGUUGUUUGUGUGACAGAACUGGAGAAACUGAGUAGUCAUUUCCGGCUGCUGUCAGUCCUGCCAGCGGCCAAACGCUCCUCUCUGCUCCAGCUCCUCAAGACAACCAUGGAGGAUGGAGAGGCAGUCAGUGUGCUGGAGAGUGUGGUGAGUGGUAGAGGUCUUCACGGGUCCAGCAGAUCUGAGAUCCGACCGCAGCAGGGGCACGUUGUCAGUUUCAGCUGGACAUAAGCUAUACGUUUUAUUGAGUUGCAAUUGGAACAGAUAACAAGAGGACGGGUCCAAUCAGGUCCAGUUGGUAAAUCAAUUUUAAUUGCACAUACCCGAGAACUGUGGCAAUUAGAUCCGACCCAGAUCCAAGACAAUUCCGAAUUUAGGACCCAGACCCGAACGCACUCGGGUCCCGGUCCUAAAUUCGGACUUGUCUCGGAUCUGGGUCAGAUCUAAUUGCCAGGGUUCUCGGGUAUGUGCAAUUAAAAUUGAUUUACCAACUGGACCUGAUUGGACCUGUCCUCUUAUCUGUUCCAAUUGCAACUCAAUAAAACAUAUAGCUUAUGUCCAGCUGAAACUGACAACGUGCCCCUGCUGCUGAGGAGCGAUAGAGAGUAAAAAGAGUAUUGGCCUUGGCUACUGUUAUUUGUGAAGAUGGAGGCCUUUUUCAUUGAAGUAAAAUGAAAGUUAGAGGAGAAAGAGUGUAGUGAAAAGAAGCCGACAAGGGGAAUGUCCUCCGUGGGACAAGUUUUAAUACUGUAGUGGACAAAUAUGAGAAGAAUGUUGGCACAGCCAAAUGGACUGUGUGCAACUCGCUAUAAAGGUUUGAUGCAAUUUUCGAACUUUUAUUUAUUUAUUUUCGUAUUAUCAUUUGUUUUAUUAUUAUUAUUGUAUAUCAUUAUUAUUGUAUGCCUAUUUAAUAAUCUAAACCAGUUAUUUAAAUAUGCAGUGUUUUGUUUCAUUUUGUUGAGCGGUAUCCACAGUUCAAUUUAUUCAGACCCCUAAUAUUACACACUAAGGCGGUAUCCACAGAAUCUAUUCUGCCCGUUCAGAUCCCUGGCAAUAUACUAAGGCGGUAUCCACAGAGUCUACCCCGCCCGUUCAGUCCUCUGGAGUUCUACUUUCUUAGUUCUCCGAAGCGGUAUCCACAGGUACAUUUCCGUUCAGCCCUCAAGUACUAUAUUUCCUUAAUACACCUACAGCGGUAUCCAUAGGUACCUGUCCGUUCAGCCCUCUAGUACUAUAUUUCCUUAAUACACCUAGAGAGGUAUCCACAGGAUUUUUGCCUACCCAUGCUGCCCCCUAGUGAUACACUUCCUCAACACACUAGAGCGGUAUCCGCAUGACUUUACUUAUGUUAACAUACAUGCAUGCUUUUUGUCUCUUUCCAACAAAAACUCUGCACUUUUUUCCUAAAUUUAGCCUGUAGUUCUGGAGAGACAUCCGAUACAUUACCUCCGAAUCAGCUGAUCCGAACCACACAAAUGUCUAUGCUAAAAAGUAAGAACUCUGCUUAACUCUUUUACAGUGGCCACUGUGUUUUGUGUGGUUCGUUCAGCCUCCUCCGGAUGUCUCAAUACCCGUCUAAUCCCUUUUUCCAGUCCCUUCGUGGUCGCCAAUUAUGUUGUGGAAAAUUGUCCUUAUCCUCAUUAAAAAAUAAAGUACAUCCAGAGUUUUUGUAGAAUCAAGAUAUACUUUAUUGCACAAGCAAUAGAGCCGAGGUGGUCUGCAGAGCAACUAACUCUCCAACCCUCAGUUCUCAGUUUAUAUACAGUUCCAUUAUUGCUCAUAGUACACGCCUUUUUUAGCUUAAUCCCUCCCUGGUUAGUUCCUCCACCAUUGUUUCCAAUCUUAACAUCUUGACCGUCCCGCCCACUUGUUUAUUCUUUAAUAGAACAAUCUGACUUCUUUUCCAAGACCAAACCCUGUCAUGUAAAAAAUAACAGAGCCAUUUCAUCUCUGUUUUAACAUUUUAAAUGGUUCUUAAUCCAUAGGCAUAUAGGGCAUAUAGGCGUUGAAUGCAUAAUUCAUAUAAUUGGUUUGUUAUGUUGUCUGCCCUUAAUUGAGACAGAGUAGUUAACUAAAGAUCUCCAAUGGCACUCACCUUUAUUGGUAAUUGCUGCAAUAUAGGCCUUUUCAACAUUUGUGUGAAGGUUUAAUUCUGUUGAGCCAUUUUCUUUGACCAAAUUAAGUUCCAACUGUAAUGUUGUGUUUGAUGCAAUAUAAUAGAAUUACCGCUAGGCCUACUAUAGGGCUACUACUAUAGGGCUACUACUAUAGGGCUGCUACUACUAUAGGGCUGCUACUACUACUAUAGGGCUGCUACUACUACUAUAGGGCUACUACCUUAGGACUACUACUAUAGGGCUACUACUACUAUAGGGCUGCUACUACUACUAUAGGGCUACUACUACUAUAGGGCUGCUACUACUAUAGGGCUGCUACUAUAGGGCUACUACUAUAGGGCUGCUACUACUAUAGGGCUGCUACUACUAUAGGGCUGCUACUACUAUAGGGCUGCUACUACUAUAGGGCUACUACUAUAGGGCUGCUACUAUAGGGCUGCUACUAUAGGGCUACUACUAUAGGGCUGCUACUACUAUAGGGCUACUACUAUAGGGCUACUACUAUAGGGCUGCUACUACUACUAUAGGGCUGCUACUAUAGGGCUGCUACUACUAUAGGGCUACUACUAUAGGGCUGCUACUACUACUAUAGGGCUGCUACUACUACUGUAGGGCUGCUACUACUACUAUAGGGCUGCUACUACUAUAGGGCUACUACUAUAGGGCUGCUACUAUAGGGCUGCUACUAUAGGGCUGCUACUACUAUAGGGCUGCUACUACUACUAUAGGGCUACUACUACUAUAGGGCUACUACUAUAGGGCUGCUACUACUACUAUAGGGCUACUACUAUAGGGCUACUACUAUAGGGCUACUCGCACUCAAACCAUCACAAGGAAAAAACAAAGAUGGCGAGACGCCAAACUUAAUUUAAUGUCGCAAUAUAAUAAGCUGUUCCUAUUUUCCCUAUUAACAAUGCCUUGACUUACUUCUGAUAUUACCCUGAUAAAGUUAAGAAACUUUAGUGAAGGUGUGGCUAUUACUAGGCUAUAGUUCUACUGCAGGCCUAUGAAGGCAGUGCGCUGACAGUUGAACUUGAGGUGAGGAAGAGUGUUUUAGACCUACCGGAGUUACUCCUUUAUUCUAACAAUAUAAUGCUUAUCUUUAUAAAAAAUAUUCGGACAGAAAAUUAACGAAUUAGCUUCCUUCUUUAUGCCUAUAUCUGUAUAGCAGUAGUAGCCUAUCUGUCAAGGAUAAAGAAAUGUCGGUGUCGGGAACAUGGCGCCGGCAUAUCUCUAUCAUUCUCUCUGUCUCCCUAGGGCUAGCCCUAAGCUUCUCUAACUUUUAUAUUUAUUUUCUAAAAUAUGAAUAUAAUACAGUUUACCUACAGGCCUAUAUGCAUGCAGUGCCCUGAUGCAUUUGCGCUCAAAUCUCUGACAGCUGAACCGUGAGGUGAACAAUUAUUGUUUUAGGAAAGUAAAAACCAAUAAAACAAUAUAAAGUUUUGAAUAUGCUCCACAUCGAAACACAAUGAAUCGUUUUUUUUUGUAGUUUGUUAUAGGCAGUUUUUAAGGAUACGUAAAUGUGGAUCAUUUUGCUAAUAUCGCUUGUUUAUUGAUGACACUGGCAGCGUCCAGUCGGAGGUUUCUUUCUUUCUUUCUCUCUCUCUUUCUACUCUCGGAUCUGAAUGGGUCUCUCGGAUCCGAACCGGCGCGGGUCUGUUUGGGUCUGUUUUUCCACGGGCCUUUUCGGAACGGGUCUGACUGUCCUCGGGUCCAUUCGGAAUGGGUAAUUUAUGCAUAUUGGGCCCAGUGGAAAAGCCACGGAUCCAUUUCGCAACGGGACCAACUUUUUGGACCCUUGAAGACCUCUAGAUAGUGGGACGUACAGAAACAGGGCCCAAACACACACACACACACCUAAUGGCAGGAAUUAAUAUAUUUGGGGGAGAAGGGGUGCUAAGCUGACAUAUUAAAUUGUUUUAAGAUGGUCAUACUAUGGAUCAUUUAGCUAUUUCAUUUAGAAUUUUGGGACCCCUUUAGGUAUCAAAAAUAUAUUUAAAAAAAUGUAUUUAGAUUUUGGCCUUUACUACUAAAGCCCAUAGAGACACGUUGAAUAACACGUUCAGAAAUGUCAAAAAAAGAAAUCAUAAGAAACAAGGUUUUGUAGUGUCUGUCCUAAUUCUAAUAGAUAUAAAAAAACUCAGGAAAUAUAUAUAUAUAUAUAUUUUUUACACAUUUAACCCCUUUUUUGGGGUAGGCACAAAAGUACCUUCGUACUUGCAUUAUUAUUUUUUAUCCAGUACCAUUACAUUCAGAUGAGUCGUGUGACACUUGUGGGGGACAUAGCGCAAAACGGAGAACACCAUCGUGCUCGUGAGAAUCUCCCAUUUACACAGGGGGGUCCCAUUAGUUUGUAGCCCAAACGGUUCAGACUCUACCAAACAGAAGUUGACAGAUCGACAUAACCGACUUCAGAUGAGUCUCCUGACCCUUGUGCUGGCCAUAGAGUAAAAUAGAGAUUACCAUCGUAUUCGUGGGCGUCUCCCCUUUCCAUAGAGUAGUUUGUAGGUCCAACAGUUCGGAAGCUACAGAUGUUUUUGUGAGACGACCGAUUUUCGUGACGUCUCAUGGUCUGACAAACACUGCUCUAGCUCUGCCACCUUUCACCGCAGAUGCGGAAGUGCGACACUGGCAGAUGCUGCAGAAAUCUCUAGCUUAAACUGACGGAUUUUGAUGGGGAUUUUUUUGUUAUGCAACUUAGAUUGACGCACCGGUGUGUCUAUUGACUCUAGGGGGUUACUAUAUCAACCAGAAUAUCUGUAACAUACUCUGUCUUAAAUAUACUCCCUCUAUUUUUCUCUCUCUGGUCACAGCUGGAUCAGACGUGUGAUGGUGAGACUCCUGACCUGGGUGAUCUGGAAGAGUCUGAGAGGGAGACAGUCCAGGCCAUACUGGAUGUUGUAGACCAAUGUGUUGGGAAGGAUGAGGAUGAGAUCAGAUCCUCACUUCUCAGUGCCAUCCACCUCAUUGUCAGUGCCAUGGACGGUGAGAUAGAGAGCAAUUUUCACAGGAUUCUGUGUUAUUAUUUUAUCAGUUACUGGGAAACUAGGUUCACUACUGUGGUUUUAUAUGUGUGCAUAUUUAUUUCUGCAGGAAUGACAGAUGAGGGUAUCUCUGUGUUGGGAUCCUGUUGCAGUCCUCCAGUCUUACAGGCCCUGCAGAUCCUGGUGAGUUCACACCUGCUUGAUUGAGCCUCCAAUCCUGUAUGGACUGGACUUCAUUUUUCUAGAUUUUUGUUUAUGUAAAUGUAUUUGGGUAUAUCUUCCCAUUCUAAAUAAACGAAUAUUUCUACCAUUAUGAUAACAUUGUGCCAACAGUAGCAGUAGUAACACCAAUGAUAGUAACCAGUGGCGAUUAAAAAAAAAAAAAAUGUUGGUGGGGCAAACUCAAUGAAAAAAGUGAAUAUGAAUCGAUACAUUACUACACUACACUAACCAUAGAAUGCACCAUCAUAAAUAAUUACCACUCCCAGAAAUGUGUUUAGAGCCACACACACAAACGUUCUAACAUAUGGGUUAUGAUCAGUGUAUAGGCUACUUUCCCAUAUCUUUGGCUCUCAUUGCACGGAAGACCAUGGUAGUCCAGCAUACUUUUAUAGAGUAAAGUUUAUUUUACUUCAGAAUCAAUAUCAGCAUUGGUCUGCAAUAUUGCUAAUCAUUGUUAGAGUAUUGGGACACUGCCCAACACCAUUCUGAGUGUAGUUACAUCUGCCUGUUAACAAGAUGAUCCGGAUAUGAAUAAAGCAACAGUUUUUAAAGCUACUCCCUCGCUUCAACCAUUGCAUAGGGACAGUUCCACGGGUUAUUAAAUUCUGACAUGAAUCAUUAACAACACGUUGUAGCUAGCUAGCUGUUAGCCACCACAAGUUCUAUCCAAACCACUCAGGUUGAAUUAUUUUCUAACUUGCUUUAUUUUAAUGGAGGCCUGUUCAUUGGCUGAUGAGCUCCAAUAUGUUUUAUCUCUACAUUUACUUUAUUAUGCAAAGUUUGAAAAUGAUUUACUAGGAGAUAGUUGACAUGAUUCAUGAUUACUUUUCAGCUAGCUAGCUAGAAGACGAUAAACAACUAUGAAAUUGACACAUCCAAUCAAAGCUACCGGAGAUAAGACGUUGAUUUAUCUGUGGCAAAUGACAUCAAGCCUUCUUGGGCGGGCACUACUAUUGAAUUUCUAUGGCAGCACCCAUGUGGGAAACAGCUGUCUGAGUCUCCCAGUAAAUAAUAAUAAUAAUAUACCAUUUAGCAGACGCUUUUAUCCAAAGCGACUUACAGUCAUGCGUGCAUACAUUUUUACGUAUGGGUGGUCCCGGGGAUCGAACCCACUACCUUGGCGUUACAAGCGCUGUGCUCUACCAGCUGAGCUACAGAGGACCACAUGCUGUUGCACUGUCCCAAUGAAUUCACUCACCCAUCUGAACCUUUGAGAAUGUGCCAAUCACGUGCAGCCAAUUGUGCGCAACCAGAGAAGAUCAAUGAGGGCUUUCCCCUGGCUGGCCUCUCCACAACACAGAUCACUGAAGGAGGCUGAAACAGCUGCAUUAGGGAGCUGUCUUACUCAAAGUGACCAAAAUAACAAUACAACCGGGAAGCGAGCGCUUAUGCUUUAUUAGUUCAAGCAAAUCAAAUGUGUUUGCUUACUGAUAUAAUAUAAUGUUGUGACGUGAAUGAAAGCCAGAAUUACAUGCAAAACAGCUCCAUCUCCUGGAUAGUUGUGGGGCUACCCUGAAUGACUCGUCUCCACUGACAGUAACACCAAUGACACAUUUAAGUAAUUUAGGAUUUUCUUAACUGAAGGCCACCCCAUCUCAAAUCUAAGGUCAUUUAACCUUUAGUAAAUUAUUAAGCAAAUUAUUUUAUUUUUAAGGCCUCCCGAGUGGGGCAGUGGUCUAAGGCACUGCAUCGCAGUGCUAGCUGUGCCACUAGAGAUCCUGGUUCGAAUCCAGGCUCUGCCGUAGCCGGCUGUGACCGGGAGACCCAUGGGGUGGCACACAAUUGGCAGCGUCGUCCAGGGUAGGGGAGGGAAUGGCCGGCAGGGAUGUAGCUCAGUUGGUAGAGCAUGGCGUUUGCAACGCCAGGGUUGUGGGUUCGAUUCCCACGGGGGGUAUGAAAAAUAAAAAAAUAAAAUAAUGUAUGGGGAGUAGUUUCAAAAUCAGUUAGCACUCACUAACUGUAAGUCGCUCUGGAUAAGAGCAUCUGCUAAAUGACUAAAAUGUAAUUAAUCAUUUUGCUCAGAGUGUAAUUUCCCUUCAUCUCAAUUGAGUUACACCAAUGACACUUUUUAUUUAAACACACCAAAUGAUCAAUGGAAUCAUUAUAUUUAUGACGUACUAAAAGGGUGUGAUUAGCAAAUAAUUGUAUUUAAUAUAGACCCCUACCCUAAUAACAGUUUGCCACUGGAAGGAAUGCUCAAGAUCCUUGUAUAUCUUUGUAAUGAGUGAUUUACAAGGCGGUAACACUAAUGAUAUUAAAUAAGUUUGUUUAUUUUAUAGCAUUCAAAAUAAUAGAUAUCUCUAAAUCCCAAAAACAUGUCACUACCACUCUACCCAUCACUACUGGGACAAGCCAAUUUGUUUUCCAUAAGUACUUUAAACAAUGCAUAGAAAUAAGGUUUUGCAGUAUAAAUGACUUGCAUUAUGUUUUCACAUUGAUAAACAGUUCAAUAUCAACUAAAACAUGUAUAAUGUCUAACUAUUUGUCAUUUUAAAGAGUUUUUUUGAUUGUUGCAUAGUCGAGGGAUGCAAAUGCCAACUUAAUUCAAGAAUGACCCAGAAAAUAAAGCAUAUAAAUGUUAUUCCUGUGCUGCUUGUCCUCCAGGUUCAGCAUGUGGCAGAAGGAAGUGGGGAGACCCUCUCUCUGAGAGAUGCAGGUCUGGCUGUUCUGACUGAGGAGGAGGUGUUUGGGAGGGCAGAGAGUCUAUUUGGUCACUCUAAAGUUACACUGAAGAGAGAGGAGGACACACUGAGGACAGAGAUGAAGGACCAGGCUGGACACCUUCCUCUUGUCAUGAGUAUCACUGUGAAAGGCCUGGCUUCUUUAGUGUAAGCUGUGAGUGAGUGAGCUAGAAAAUCCUGUUUGAACUGAUACACUCACGAUUCCAUUCCAUGUUUUACUCUUGCACUAGUUGAGCUAAAGAACUAGUGAACAACAAUGUAUGUAUCCUUGUACUGCUUUCAGUAAAGUUCAACAAACAAUAUCAGACGUCCCGACCUCCAUUCUUCUAAUCAUAAGAUAAUAUAUCAUAAAGGUACACUGGUGGGAGGAGGGCGGGGGGGGUCCUACAUUUAGAGCAUUGUCUAGUGACCCACAUGACAAGAACAGAAACUGAAUUCUGUUAAAAAUACUGUUCACCAGAAUCACGUCUCCAAAAAAAUCCUAAACAUUUCUGUGAAGUCUGUUAUUGUACUGUACAGUCAUUUGAAAGUGUAAACUUUCUCACAUUACCGUGCUACCAGGUGCAAAAAGUAUACUUAUUAAAACAUAGAUGAACUCCAGUACCCUGGUAAUAUUGAUGCCUAGAAUACCAGUGUGAUUAAGUUUUUCUUCUUUUUAAUAAUGAUUGUAUACUCAAAGAUAACAUCCCCAAUGCUCAACAUGUGGAGUCAGUAUGAUGGCCCAUUCCUGUGAUGUCGCCGAGAUUCAGUGUUUGAACAACAUAGACAUUUUGUCAUCAGAAUGCUACAGUAUGUUAUUACUGCAAGGCUCCUGUGAUUUGUUCAAACUGAAACUAAAACUUACCCUUGAGAACUGUUAUUGCAGUUUGGAACUGAUAACCAUCUGUUAGUGUUUGACUCUCCUACAGUACAGUGGUGAAGUAUGUGGAUGUGACUUUUUGACCCUGUAGUAAAAGUUAGGCCCCGUACACACUCAGGUUGUACAACUGAUUCACCACACAUUGGACACAUGAUACAGUAGGCUACUACUGUAGUUCAUCUACACAAAUAUUUCACACAACCAUUGUGCAAUGUCUCCACAACACUGUUUGUGCAGAAACACUCUGUUGUAUCAUAACAGUUUUAUCAAAUGCGUUGUGCAUUAGUUCUAUAACUUCAGUGUGAACAGGGCCUUAAAGAAAACAUUCCUCAUUACACAAGCUGUGCUUAGGUAACCUGAAGAAACUGAAAUUGGAUGUGGAUAAGUUACUGAGCUAUUACACGUAAGAACAGGAGCAUUAUUGGGCUCCCGAGUGGCGCAGUGGUCUAAGGCACUGUAUCUCAAUGCUUGUGGUGUCACUACAGAUCCCCUGGUUCGAUUCCAGGCUGUAUCACAACCGUGAUUGGGUGUCCCAUAGGGCGGUGCACAAUUGGCACAGCGUCGUCCGGAGUAGGCAGUCAUUGUAAAUAAGAAUUUGUUCUUAACUGACUUGCCUAGUUAAAUAAAGGUAAAAUAAAGUAUUCUCUGGUAAACUCCAACAACCCUGAGUCUAUGUAGGAAAUAGAGACGUUGUUGGACACAGGGGCAGACACUCUACUUGGACCUUCCAGCUAAGCACAUUGUUCAUAUGAACAUCCAGGUACUUGUACGAACUAACCUCUGCUUUGUUGAAUUGCAUUUUGAAACUACUCCCCAACACUGCUUCACUGCUAUGUGGAUGACAACACUUAUCAAACCGAAAUAUACCUACCAGUAAUUUGGCAUGUAGUCUGCUUCUCAUUGAGUUCUGCCUGCUUCUAAUAAAGUUACAGUAUUUUCUCAUGAAAUAAAACAGAUGUGAAGAGCAGGAAUGCAAGAGUGGAAGAGGAACGUUUCCCAAGAAGGGGUUAAGAUAGAGACUCCUCCUACUAGUAUGUAAUGAACUCUUAGCUAAUGCAUUUCAAACAUACUAGUAUCUCAUUCUUAAUAACAUAUCUCCAAGUCAUAAGGACCCAGAGGAAGAAGCAGUGAGAACCUGGUAAUGAAGCUCUUGCAGUGUUGCGAUAAGAAAAAUAUACAGCAUGCUUAGGAUAGACUUGAAUGACCAACAUUUUUGACUGAAAUUAUUUCCUGUUUGUAUUCCUGUCUUGUCAUUAGCGAUGCUACUCUUUUCUGAUCCACUCUUUUCCCAGGGAAAGGGAACCUUUCAAAGAUUGUGUUUGCAUUAUUGAGUGUCUUGCCAUCUUUCAAGUGUGUGAAAUGUAUUUAGAAUGAUCUUCAGAAGCUGUUGUAUUGAUUGAGUGUCUUUGUCAUCUGCUGUAGCCCGAAACACGAUCCACAACCAUCAUGAUUUCCAAGGCCGUAAAAUCCAUGCUGAAGGAAGUACAUUUUAACGGUAGCCUGAUCCCUGUGUCCAGUCUGAACGACAGUUCUGGUAAACUGAAUCUCCUCUCACUCAUUGUGAAGACCAGGCCCAGAUUGGGAUGCUUCUGGCAGGAACCGAAAUACCAGUCCAGAGGCUUUACCCUGAGUGAUGUGCUGAAGCCUGGAAAGCUUGGAGAACCUGAAGACAAACCUUUAAACCCA